AUAUAGUGAAUGCAGGGUCCAGGGAGACCGGAUAUAGUGAAUGCAGGGUCCGGGGAGACCAGAUAUAGUGAAUGCAGGGUCCUGGGGAGAUCGGAUAUAGUGAAUGCAGGGUCCGGGGAGACCAGAUAUAGUGAAUGCAGGGGUCCGGGGAGACCAGAUAUAGUGAAUGCAGGGUCUGGGGAGACCAGAUAUAGUGAAAUGCAGGGUCCAGGGAGACCAGAUAUAGUGAAUGCAGGGUCCGGGGAGACCAGAUAUAGUGAAUGCAGGGUCCGGGGAGAGCAGAUAUAGUGAAUGCAGGGUCCGGGGAGAGCGGAUAUAGUGAAUGCAGGGUCUGGGGAGACCAGAUAUAGUGAAUGCAAGGUCUGGGGAGACCAGAUAUAGUGAAUGCAGGGUCCAGGGAGACCAGAUAUAGUGAAUGCAGGGUCCGGGGAGACCGGAUAAAGUGAAUGCAGGGUCCGAGGAGAGCAGAUAUAGUGAAUGCAGGGUUCAGGGUGAGCAGAUAUAGUGAAUGCAGGGUCCGGGGAGAGCAGAUAUAGUGAAUGCAGGGUCCGGGGAGAGCAGAUAUAGUGAAUGCAGGGUCCGAGGAGACCAGAUAUAGUGAAUGCAGGGUCCGGCGAGAGCAGAUAUAGUGAAUGCAGGGUCCGGGGAGAGCGGAUAUAGUGAAUGCAGGGU